AUGAGGUGUUACAGCAAGAUUUUGCUUUUGUUAAUGACUGGUAAUUCUUUUUGUCUUCUGGUUUAUUUUGCAGAUCUGCAAUUGAAGACUCUCAAGACAGAUUUAAAACUGUCUAAUAUUUCAGCAUAUGCAGAAAAUAGUAGAAAAAAUUUAAAAAUUCAAUGGGAAUCAUUUAUAUUAUUUUGUUUGUAUUUCAAUUUCUGUUAUUUACCUGCUUCAACUGAAACAAUUCAGUUAUAUUCCCAAUUUCUUAGUAGAUCUUUUAAAUCUGUGGCUAGUAUUCGAAAUUAUUUAAGUGGUGUAAGAACUGUUCAUCAGUUAUUGGGUUAUAAUUUGAAUGAAAUGAAUACUUUUUUGAUAAAUUUCACUCUUCGUGGAAUUUCCCGAUUGAAAUGUCAUUGUGUAAAACAAGCUCAACCUAUAACUCCUUUUAUUCUUUCUAAGAUUUACUUGACGUUGAAUUUUAAAGAUCCAGAAAACUUAGUUCUUUGGUGUUUAUUUUUAUUUGCAUUUUUUCUGUUGGCACGAAAGUCAAAUUUAGUUCCAACUACACUUAAAGAUUUAAUUAAUCAUAAAUGUUUGAUUAGGUCUGAUGUUACUCGUGUUCAUGGUGACUUAAUAGUUACUAUGAAUUGGACCAAAACAAUUCAGUUUGGAGAACGUCUUUUACAGACUCCUCUAUUAAAGUUACCAGGCUCUUGUUUGUGUCCGGUUACUGCAUAUGAUAACAUGUUAAAAUUCAUUCCUGGGAAACCUGCAGAUGCUUUAUUUCUUUUACCUAAUGGUAAACCGGUAACUUAUUAUUUAUUUCAAAAUAAAUUGCGUCAGGUUUUAAAUGAUCUUGGGUUUGACUCAUCAUUAUAUUCCUCUCAUUCAUUUAGGCGUGGUUUUGCUACCCUUGCCUUUAAGAAUAAUAUUAGUUCAGAUGAAAUUCAAAUUCUUGGAGAUUGGCAUUCUGACGUUUAUAAACGUUAUAUUUCACUAUCCAUUGAAGAUAAGUGUAAAAUUAUGAAGGAUAUUUCUCAUGUUUUUUAUGUUUGAUUUAAAUAUAGUCAUUAAUAAACUGUUCUUUGUAUGUUUUCAGAAC